AAGAGAGUUCAGAAGCCUUGCACGUCAAUCCUGGUCGUAGCUGGUAGAUGAGGCGAAAGCGUUAUUUCGUGGUGAGGGCUGCACGCUUGGAAAUUUGGAGUCCUCGCCAAAACCGUUGAAUCGAACCCAGUGUCGCAAACAUGGGUCGGGUUUCUGCGGCCUUGGCCGUUGCAAGCGUGGUCCUCCUGGCUAGCGCGCUUCUGGCAGACGUUGCUGAUGCGACGAGAUGCAAGGCUUGCAAGGAGGAUCUCUGCGCCCCGGGAACGAAGCAGUGCACUCCCCACGGUCCGUGCAUGAAGUGCUGCCAUGAUGGCUGUUGCGGCAGCGGGAAGAACGACGAUUUACUUGGAACAGGUUUCUAUUUUCAGAAUGUUGAGCUGGACCACACGUCACCACAGUUGAUCAAGCGGAUUCAAGCCUGAUCUGCUUUCAGUUUCUGCUUGCCCUCUUAAUAAUCGUAAAAUAAAUUUCUCAUUUUUCU